UACUGUUCUUACGACAACACGAACACAGGAAAGCAGCGAUGGCAGCGUUUACACGCGAAUUUGAAAUUGAAAGCGAGAAAACAACGCUGAAUUUCCACCAGAACGUCGAUGGCGACGUCAGUUGCGUCGUGUGGGACGCAGCCCUUGUGCUGGCCGGCUUCCUAGACUGCGAAAACAAGAGGCGGAAAGGCUUUCUCAGCAGGAAGUCUGUAAUUGAACUUGGCUCCGGGGUCGGAUGUGUCGCUCUGGCCGCCGCAGCUCUUGGUGCCAAUGUAAUAGCAACUGACCUGCCCAAUGUUGUGCCUCUCAUCGAAAGAAAUAUCGCAGCCAACAGCGAUUCCAUUCUCCAGUCGGGCGGUUCUUGCACAGCUCGGGUCUUGGACUGGUCUGAAAAGUCUUUUGACUUCAUUCAGGCAGACUAUAUUCUGGUCGCUGAUUGCGUUUAUUACGAACAAUCGGUGGAGCCUUUGGUCAGCGUUCUGCAAAUGUUCAGUGAUGACAAGACAAUCAUUUACCUUUCCCAAGAAGUACGAGACUAUUCUUUGAAGCAGAUCAAGUUUUGGGAGGACUUCCACAAGACGCUUCUCAAGUAUUUUGAGGUGACAAAAAUUGAGAAGGAGCGGCAACAUCAAUAUUUUUAUUCUGAUGAUAUUUUGCUGCUUGAGCUUAAAUUGAAAGAAAAGAGGAGCAACUCGUGAAAUGUCUAUCAUUAUUUGUGAUCUCACAUUGUCCAUGUAAUUAAUAUUAAGAGAAUAAAAUAUCUUUAUCAGCUCUAAAUGGAA